AUGUCAGGUCUAAGCAACGCCGUCCAAAAGAGCAGCGCCUACGCUGCACCUGUCUCUGUGAUUGCCUUUGCAGGCUCGUCGAUUCUAAUGUUGGCCCUAAAUAAAUCUCUUGUUCAGGACAGGUCCUUCAACAUGCAUCUGCUGUUCAUGGGAAUCCAAACAGGUGUCGCCACACUAAGUUUGUUACUGCUGAAGUACACAGAUUUCAUCAGUGUCCGUCCAUUGAACAAGUUCGAUCUGAAAUAUUGGUUGCCCGUGGGUUUCAUGAUGGCAGUCGCUCUGUAUACAGCAUCAAAAGCUUUGAAGUACUUGACGGUCCCAGUAUACGUCCUGGUGAAAAACUUGUCGUUGAUUUUCAUCACGUUCUCAGAGGCACUGUUUUUUGGUACAGGCGGGAUCACGUCGUUGGAGGCCUUAUCCUUCGUUAUGUUCAUCGCUGGCGCAGCAUCUUUAUGUUUAGGUGACUAUGAGCAGUCCAUUGCGUUGAUGAAGAAAAAAUUAGGCAGCGAUAUCAGUUUCAGUUAUUUAGUGAAUGUGGGUUACUUUUGGAUCGUAGGCGCUGUUAUUUCCUCUACGCUGUUCGUCCUGUUACUAAGAAAGAUGAUUCAAUAUACAAAAUUUACAGAUGUCGACACAAUAUUAUAUAACAAUUUCAUUGCAUGUCCAAUACUAUUCGCCGCGUCAUAUUUCUUAGAUAAUUGGGAGAGUGAAUUCAACGUUGAUAAUCAUUUCGACAGCAAUGUCAUGGCUAUGAUGAUCAUUACAGGCUUUGUCUCCCUCGCACUAGCUUACUUCUCGGCACUCUGUCUCUCAUCCACUUCCACUUCCUCUUACGCUAUGGUGGGUGCAGUGAAUAGAAUAGCAUUGUGUAUGACCGGCCUGAUAUUCCCUAACUUCCCAAGUAACUCUUACAGUUACUUAGGUAUGGCAACUGCACUCGUUGGCGGCCUUUUAUUUGCUUUGGCAAAAGAAAUUAAACAACAAAAAAACCAACAAAAAACCAAAGAGUAA